AUACAUCAAUACAGAAAUUUCUUAAAGGAGUUCCACUUCCAGAAUUACACCUAUCGUUAAAUAACAGAUCCAAAAUCAAUCAUAUGAUUGCAACAAAAUGUCGUGCCGAACAUCCAUAUGGCCAGGAUAUUAUAGGCAUCGCAUAUAUGCUUUUAAAGCAAAACCAAAAAAAUGAAAUUGAUCCUUAUAUUAGAACUGUCCGUAAAUAUGAGCUUCAAACGUGUACAUGGACCAAUCAACGAAUAGGAGGUGUGUGCUUAACUUUAGUAUUCGCGCAUGCUUUUACGAUUCUUCAGAUGGCAAACACAUAUAAAAAAUUAUUUGAAGAACUUUUUAUGUAUGUAGAACAAGAUUGUGGACAUUCGAUUGAAUUUCAACAUAUUCAUGGAUGUGGCAUCAG